GUGGCAUGGGAGCCUCGGCCCCCCGCCGGGCGUGGCGGGGCUGGCGGCGGGCCCGGGCCGCGGGCUGGCCGCUCUCCCGGGCCACCAUCCUCCUCUUCUCCGCCUUCUUGGUGCCCGUGCCCUCCUCAGAUGAAUAUUUGAUUCGAUUGCCAAGAGGUUUUCGCAUUUCUCAGGAUCCGGUGAAAAUAGUGGGAUCAGCACAUUUUCCAGUGAGUGUCUAUGUCAUGCUCCAUCAGCGGAGUCCACACGUGCUGUGUGUCGACCAGCAACUUCGAAAUGCUGAACUGAUAGACCCAGCAUUCCAAUGGCAUGGACCAAAAGGAAAAAUUAUUUCAGAAAAUAGCACCGCACAAGUGACCUCGACAGGAAGCCUUGUUUUCCAGAACUUCGAGGAGACAAUGAGUGGGAUUUAUACUUGUUUCCUCGAGUAUAAGCCUAACGUGGAGGAAGCCAUUAAAAAUCUUCAACUGAAAUACAUUGUAUACGCUUAUCGUGAGCCUCAUUAUUAUUACCAGUUCACAGCUCGGUACCAUGCAGCCCCCUGCAAUAGUGUCUAUAAUGUUUCUUUCGAGAAGAAGCUUCUUCAGAUUUUAAGCAAAUUGGUUCUUGACCUUUCAUGUGAGAUCUCCUUACUUAAGUCUCAGUGCCAUCGUAUUAAAAUGCAAAAGGCUGGUUUGCAAAAUGAAAUGUUCUUUACAUUUUCAGUUUCAUCUCUAGACACUGAAAAAGGACCCAAGACAUGUAAAGGCCAUGAUUGUGAAUAUUUCAUAAGAUUAUCUAAGGACAUGCACCAUAGAACCUGUAUCAUAGAUCCAUGUUUUGAAACUGCCACAGCACUGACUAGAAAGACAUUAACACAUCAAUUAUUUCAGCAUUUUCAAUUGAAAACUGUGAAGAUAACUAGGUGAAUUUAUAGUUACGAGAAUAAUUUCAAGAGAUUCCUUGUACAUUUUUUUCAAAUAAACAGUAUGCUAUCACAACUAAGGAUUGUUGACGUUGCUGUUGUUUAAUGCUCUUCUUUGACUGUUCCCAAUUACUUGUCUUCAUUUUGUUUGUCAAGUGUAUAUAGUUUCAUCACUUGUGUAGGAUCUUGUGUCCACCACUGUAAUGGAAACCCAGAACAAUUGCACAGCCCAGAUGCGGGUGCCGCCUAUCUGUAACCACAACUCCCUCUAGACUCUCUCCCACUGCUGGUCUAAUUUUUUCUUGUCCAUUUUUAAAGUGGGAUGAUUUAAGAACAUGAACAUUCACUCCAGGUGGUCCAUGUGUCAGUGGUUUGUUCUUCGUGGUAGCAUCACCGUGAUGCAUGUAUCACAGUUAUGUUUAAGCGCUGACCUGGUGGAGACCUGGUUUUUGACUGCUGCAGUUAAAGCUUCUGUAAAUUUCAUGCACUGUGUUUUAUGUAGAAUAACAUUUGGGACAUUAAUUCUGGGUUAUAUGAUAGUCGCUCUUCCAUCCUACAAGCACUGAGUGGGUGAGCGCUUUCCUGUGUCUCAUUGCCAGCGGGUUUAGUGAAUAUUCAUGCUCGCCUUUCUAAUCUCGGGGCAAUGGCCCAUCAUGGUUUUAUUUGCGUUUUUGUUCUUGCUCUUUUUUGCCACUUGCACAUUUUCUGUGCGAUUUCUGUUAACUGUUUUUCUAGUUUAAUUGUUUUUGACUUCUGGAUUCAGAGUUCGUAUAUUCUAGGUCAUAUUCCUUUUUCCAGUUUUAUUCAUAAAUAUUUUUUGUUAGAUAAUAGCUGUCUUUUCCUCAUCUUCACAUGGAUUUUCAUAGAAAAGAGCUUUGUAAUUUUUAUGAAAUCAGAUGUACCAAUCCCUCACCCCUUUUUAAUCUCCUUUUGGUAUGAAACUUAAGAACUGUGUGUAUACUCCUGUAUCCUGAAGAUUUGGACCUAUUUUUUUGAAGUUACAAAUGUGCGGUACUUCGCUGAAGAUAUUUUUGUUGUUGCUGCUUUCCUGUGAGUGUCUCAUUCCUCCAGAAGUAUGUAAUGAAAAUGCCAUGCUUCUUUCAAUACAUGACUGGCGUCUUUGUUAGAGUGUAGCUGAGCACAUUGUUGUGGAUGUAUUUUUGACAGUACCACGGACUGGAUGUUAGACAAAUACCAUAUUCUGGGUUACUUAAUAACACAAAUUUGUUGUGUUAUGACUCUGAGUCUGAGAAGACUUGAGUUAAAGCUGUUAGUGGAGUUGGUUUCAUCUGUCUUCAUUACUUGAAGAUGGCUUUGUAUUCACAAGGCCUUUCCCUGAGUGUGUGUCUCUGUCCUGAUCUCUUUAUUGAGGACACUGAUCAAGUUGGGGUUUACACUAAUGGGCUCAUUUUACCUCUGAGGGCCUUAUCUUUAAAUGCCUGCAUCUAUUUUAUGUCUCCAAAUACAGCCAUUUCCCCAGUUUCUGGGGCUUAGGCUAUCAACAUAGGACUUGGGAGAGAGAGAGAAAUUCACUUUGUUAGAGUUAGGGUUAUCAGACAGUAGCGAAUAGCUUUGGGGAGUUUUGUGCUCUUUCUUUAUUCCAGUCACACUGAUGUGACACUGAAUGCCACUGAAGUGCCACCCGCUUUGCUAACCCAUUCACAGGUGAUGAUGAGUACCAUGUGCCCUGUUGCCAGCCUGGAGUCUGAAGCCUUGACAGGAGACCUGGGUGGCCCCUGAGGCUCUGUUGCCUUUCCUCCAGCAGAGUUAGAGAGCUUCCCCUACAUCAUUUGCUACAGUGAACAGUAGAUUCUUAUUUCAUAGGAAUAUUCAUUAAAUUGGGGUAGUUAUAAAAAACACUUUUAACCAAGUGUUUCACUCAAGCUUAGCAUUAAAUUUUCUCAUUUCUCAGUGUAUUUCAUUAUCAUAGGCAUAUACACAUCUAGUUCUAAUUUCCUCAAGAAAAAUGAACAGUACUUUCUUGGGAAGGAGAAACACCACAGAAGGGUAUUUAAUUCUUUGCUUUCUGACAGCUUGGAAUUUAAUUAAUAAAAUCUGAAAUCAGACUAUUAAAGAUGAAACAUGUUUUUAUACUAUUUACAUUCUAGGGGCCAUCAGCUGUAAUAUUCAAACAUACUUUUGAUGCUUCCUGGCAUUAUUUUGUUACUUUAGGUAAAAUGUAAAACCUUUACUUCCAUUUAUUUUUACAUACCCUGUCCACCUGAGAAACUCUGAUUGUCUUAUUGUUUCCUCUGUGCACCUUGAGCACCAUGGCAGAUGGUGUUGGCAGGUUUGCUUCUGAUCUGGUACGGAGAAAAUCUACUAUCCAGUGAUAGUACAUUUUAUGUGUCACCUUGACUGACUAAAGGAUGCCUAGAGAGCAGAAUAAAACUACUUUCUCUGGCUGUAACCAUGAGAACGUUUCUGGAAAUGAUUGGCAUUUGGAUUGAUGGAAUUAACUAAGUCCACAGGGGCGCAUGGCUUGGUCCGCUGAGGGCGUAGCUAGAAGAAGAGGGCAGACAGAGGGCGCUCCUUGCCUGUGAGUGAGCUGCAGUGUUCAUCACCACUUGCCUUGGGAUGCUGGCGCCUCUGGUCCUUGGAUGAGGCGGAAUUUACCUCCUGUCCUCCAGCUCCCCCACUCACUGGGCUUUGUACUCCUAGCCUUUCUGAUUCUAUAGCAAAUGUGAGCAGGGGGUGUGGUCUCCAUAUUGUGUGAACCUAUUCCUAUAAUGAGUCUCAGUGAAUAGUUGCCAGUUUAUAUAAGGGACUUAGCCAUCCACAGAGUUUGAUAUACAGUAAUGCCUAGUGCAAUGUAGGCGCUGAGUAAAUCAUUACUAUAUUGGCUUCUUAGGCAAGAGGAAAGUCUAUACCUGUUCAAUGCAAACACAGUUUUUGAGAAAUAUUUUCAUUCUGCAGUUGAUUGAACCCAUAAGCAUGGAACUCCAUGUGUGUGCAUGUAUGUGUUAUUGAUCCAAUUCUUUGGAGAACUCUGGGUAGUGCAGUUUUUUGUGACAAGAGUGAUUCUACUGGAACAAUUCUAAGAAUGAGUCUUAGAGGUUGGUUCUGUGUUUUCUAGAAUUGACUCCCUAAUCUGAUAGUGACUGGCUGCACUUCAGUAUUAAAGACAUUAUUCAUAGUGUUCAGAGAAAUACGGUUCAGAACAAUACAGAGGUGCUGCACUGGAGUCUCCUAAUCAACCACUUUUAAGAGCUGGUUAAUUUUGGGCAUUAUAAUUUUCUGCAGUUUUGGAAAAAGGAGUAAACUAAUGUUGCUUGGUUGCUGCUAAUGUCUCCGAACAAAAGUAAAGAUGAUCUCAGAAUUCAAAUGUUCCACCUCAAACUUCUAGAAAAAGAACAAGAUAAACCAAAAUCUUGUAUAAGGGAGCAAGUUAUAAAGAUCAGAGCAGAAAUUAACACACUGGAGACUAAAAAACAAUACAAAGAAUCAAUUAAUUGAAGAGUUGGUUCUUUGAAAAAUUGAAUAAAAUUGGCAAACCCUUAGCCAACCUUAUCAAACAACCAAAAAAGGAAAUUCAUGCAAUUAGGAAUAAAAAGGGUGAAAUCACAACCGACCCUGCAGAAAUCCCAGAUGAUCAUCUAUACCUGCUUUGAAAACUUGUAUCCUAACAAGAUGAAAAAAACUAAGAAAUGGACAGAUUCCUAGAUACAUAUGAAUUACCAAAGCUGAAUCAAAAAGAAUAUAGAAAUUCUAAAUAAUCCAAUAUCAAUUAAUGGAAUCAAAGAUGUAGUUAAAAACCUAUUAGCAAAGAAAGGCCAGGCCCUGAUAGAUUCACUGCUGAAUUCUACAAGAAAUUUAGAGAAGACCUAACACCACUACCUCUCAAACUCUGUAAUGAAAUUAAACAGGAAGCAGUACUUCCAAAUUUAUUCCUGGAAGCAAGCAUUACCCUGAUACUGAAACCAAAGAAAGACCCAACUAAGAGAAUUACAGACCAAUAUCUCUAUUAAACAUUGAUGCAAAUGUCCUCAAUAAGAUACUGGCAAUCAAGACUGCAACAAAUCAUCAAGAAGAUUAUAUACCAUGAUCAAGGGGGAUUCAUCUCAGGGAUGCAGGGAUGGUUUAACAUAUGUAAAUCUAUAAAGGUAAUGCAUCAUAUUAACAGAGUCAAGGACAGUAAUCAUAUGGUCAUCUCAAUAAAUGCAGAAAAGGUUUUGACAAAGUCCAGUACCCAUUCAUGAUAAAAACGCUACAAAAAAUUGGAAUAGAUGGUCUUUAUCUCAAUCUGAUAAAAGUCAUACAUGACAAACCAACGGCCAACAUCAUACUAAAUGGACAAAAACUCAAAGCUUUCACUCUAAAAUCAGGAACAAGACAAGGAUGUUCACUGUCUCCACUCUGACUCAAAAUAGUCCUUGAAACUUUACCUAGAGCAAUUAGACAAGAUAAAAAAGGGAAUAAAGAUAGGAAAGGAAGAAGUUAAACUAUCAUUAUUAGCUGAUGACAUGAUACUCUACUUAGAAGACCCCAAAAAACUCCACCAAAAGACUUCUACACUUAAUAAACAAAUUCAGUAAUGGAACUAGUUACAAAGUCGACACUCAAAAGUCAAUAGGCUUCCUGUUCAUGAAUAACAAACUCACUGAGAGAGAAAUCAGGGAAACAAUGCCAUUUACAGUAGCAUCCAAAAAAAAAAAAAUGAAAUACAUAGGAAUCAAUCUAACAAAGGAUGUAAAAGAUCUCUACAUUAAAAAUUACAGUGCUCUGAAAAAGGAGGUUGGAGGAGGAUGUUAAAAAAUGUAGAGAUAUCCCAUGCUUUUGGAUAGAAAGAACCGAUAUAGUGAAAAUGUCCAUACUUCCAAAACUGCUUUACAGAUUCUGUGUAAUACCAAUCAAAAUUUCAUUAGCAUUUUCAUUUCUCACAGAAUUAGAGAAAACAAUCUUAAAAUUCAUCUGGAACCAGAAGAGACCUAGAGUAGCAAAGACAAUCCUGGGCAACAAAGACAAGAUAGAGGGCAUCACAAUACCUGACUUGAAAUUAUACUAUAAAGUUUCUGUGAUAAAAAACUGUGGUAUAAGGGGCUGGGGUUUUAGGUUAGCGGCAUAAGUGCCUGCCUUGCAAGCAGGCAGUCGUGAGUUUGAUUCCCGGUACUGAUAAAAAGGAAAAGACAAACCCAAAAAAAAAAAACUCGUACUGGCAAAACAACAACAUAAAAUAGGCCCAGAGGUCAACAGAACAGAUUAAAAGAUGCAGAAAUAACUCUACACACAGGCACUUUAUCUUUGACAAACGUACCAAACAUAUUCAGUGGAAGAAAGAUACCUUCUUUAGUAAAUGUCCCUGGAAAAACUGGCCCUACACGUGCCAAAGAUUAAAACUGGAUUCAUAUCUUUCACCAUGCACUAAGCUAAAAUCAGAAUGGAUCAAAGAUGUUAAUAUUAAAACAAACGUUAAAUCUGCUGGAAGACAGUCAAACUCUGGAAGACAUUGAUAUAGGCAAAGACUUCAUGAACAAAACCCAGAUUGCACAGGAACUAUCAUAAAGAGUCAACAAUGAAUCUCACCCUACUAAAAAGCUUUGGCACAGCAAGAGAACCCAACAGGGUAAAGAGACAACCCACAACCUGGGAGAAAAUGUUUGCCAGCUGUUCCUCAGACAAAGGAUCACUAUUGAGAACAUAUAAAGAGCUCAAAAAAAAUCAGUGCUUCUAGAUUUAAAAAACUAACCCGAAAAUGAGCAUCUGCGAUGCAUACAUACUUCUUAGAUGAAGAAAUAUAAAAAUUAAAACAACACUGAGAUUUUACCUCACCCCAGAAAGAAUGCUACUAUCAAGAAAUCAACCAAUAACAAAUUCUGGAGGGGCUGUGGGGAAAAAGGUAUCCUCCACUGUUGUGAGAAUGCAGACUAGUGCAAGCACUGUGGAAAUCAGUGUACAGAUUCCUCAAAAAAAAAAAAAAAACCUAGAGCUAGAGGUCCCAUUUAACCUAGCUCUGUCCCUUCUGGGUAUCUUCCCAAAAGAAUUAAAAAUAUCAUACCACAAUGAUGUAUAUGCACAUAUCAUGGUUUAUGUCAGUGGUCCCCAAGUCUCAUGCAGUUAUGGACUUGACCAAAUCUAGCAUUUGUGAUGGCUUGUUAUCUAGCACUUGGAUGGGUGGUGUGAGUGCUAUACCUGCCUAGGAUGGAGCCAGUAUAUGAUAUAUGGGUGGGAAGAAGGUCUGUCUCUUU